AGAAUCCAGACAUGAUGAUUUCUAAGCUCUUUGUUUUCUUUCUGACAUGCUUGUUUGUAGGAGGAAAUGGUCUAGACAUGUAUCCAAAAAUAUUAUCUUCUGUACAGCAGAAAGGAGAUUUUCUAUCUGCCUACGUUGGUGAAACUGUUACUUUAGAAUGUUCUUAUGAAGUUAAAACUGUAAAACGGAUUUUCUGGUCCAAGCAAAGAUUACGACGCAAACCUGAACUUCUGUCAAGUUUCUAUGUGCACAGCACAGAAGUGACAUUUUUUGAUGAGUUCAAGAACAAAUCACGCUUUAGACUGGAUACAGAAAACCAAAAUCAUCACCUGAAGAUUUUGAAUUUACAAUUUUCAGACUCGGCUACCUAUAACUGCAUAAGUUCUGAUUCUUACUCACUUACAUUUUUGGAGAGCUUUAGUGUCCUUGUGAAGGACCCUUCUUCUUACGUUCUGACUUCAGUGAGUCAGUCAUCCUCUGAGAACAUCCAUGCAGGAGACUCUGUGACUCUGAACUGUACAGUACACACUGGGAGCUGUGAUGAAGAACACAGAGUUUACUGGUUCAAAGACUCUGAAGACUCUCAUCCAGGACUCAUUUACACUCAUGGAGGCAGGAAUGAUCAGUGUGAGAGAAAGAACAACACACAAACACACAGCUGUGUCUAUGAGCUGCACAUGAAGAACCUGACAGAGUCUCAUGCUGGGAUCUACUACUGUGCUGUUGUCUCAUGUGGACACAUACUGUUUGGAAAUGGGACCAAGGUGGACCUCACAGACUCUGCAGCUCCUCUGAACUCUGUGAUUCUGAACACUUUGGUUGGAUUAUUGACGGUCAUGAGCGUCCUCGUUGCUUUUCUGCUUUUUCUGCUGUGGAAAAUCCACAAAAGCAACAACUGCACCUCCACAGAGGAAAGAUCACCUGCUGCCCCCUUAAGAAGCUCAGAGGCUGAGAACAGAGACGCAGAAAGCCUCCAUUAUGCUGCUGUUAAUGUUAAGAAGUCCAACAGAUCAAGAAGACAGAAGAACGACAUAAACACAGUCUGUCUUUAUGCCAGUGUGAGACAGCAGAACUGAACCUUUAAAUCCCAGGAGAUUUGAUCACCUUUUUUGAUCCAUAGGAUGAACAAUGUAAAAUUUGACUUCUUUCUGAAUUUGAGGUCAAACACUGGAUUUUGUAAAUGAUUUUUGGAAAUAUAAAAUAUUGUAGUUUCUUUUUUAGUAGCAGGUUUUAUUUUUAAAUUAAUAAUCUACAUAUGAGUAAAGUAUCCAUGAUAGAAUGAUUUAAAUAAAAAUACCUAAAACAUUUAUAAAAUAAUGAAAUGUAUAAAAUGUUACCUGUGAUAAUUGUUGCAAAAGUGAGAAUCCCAGUGUGGAAUAAUUCUCCAACCAGCCGUAAUGACUACCGACCACAAGUCCUCACUCCAAUGAUCAUGAAGUAAUUUGAAUGGCUACUUCUUUAGCAUAUUAAGGACCAUCUUCCCACAGACUUUGACCCUCACCAGUUUGCAUAUCAUGAGAACAGAUCUAGUUAGUUUAGCAAUCCGCUACUGUAUUUUAUAACUUAUUUUAUGCUUUGUACAACUACUGGUAUGAAGCCCGUUGCGUGUAAUAUUGUGAUAUAUGAAUAAAACUGAAUUGAAUGUA